AAUUUGGGGAAAUCAACUCCAAAAGUCUUCUACGAGGACUAGUAACCCGGUGGAGUUGCAGAUUAGUGUGGAGCCCUGUAGCCGAUGAGCUAAAUCGAAGGGAAGUGCAGGUUGAAGUUUACUCUAUCUUAGAAUAGAUACUCUGGAAGAAUGACUUCCUUAUGUAUAAGUUUGAUAUUGAUGUUGUGUUUUGAUGUUGUAUGUUGAUGUUGAUGUUGUAAGUUUAGCCUUAGCACUUAGAGUGGAGUUUUAUCAAAGAGGUGAUAGAAUUCACUCUAGGUGUGGCGGUGACACCCGGUUUUCUGCUGAUAAGAUUUCAGACACUAACGGGGUGGCUAAUUUAGCUCCGGUGGCUAGUGCCAAUUCCAUCUUACCAGCACAAGCUACGGGGUUGAUCCGCCGAGCCUCCCUAGAAGAAGUCAGAAAGGCUCUUUUUGGUAUGAAGAAAUAUGGGAGCCCGGGGCCAGAUGGCAUCCCGGCAGCCUUCUACCAACAUUUUUGGAGGGAAGUGGGCCCUUCGAUGACAAACAUGGUCAAUCAGGCCUUUGAAAAUAGCUCAGUCAACAACUCCUUACUUAAGGCUUUUGUUACCCUCAUCCCCAAGAAAGAGGCUCCAGAGACAGCAGCAGACUUUAGACCUAUCACUCUCCUGAAUGUGGCUUUCAAGAUCAUCUCAAAGGUCCUAGUCAAUAGAUUAUGGCCUAUCAUGUGCAACCUCAUCGGUCCUCACCAGAAUAGCUUUCUUCCGGGCCGGUCCACGAUGGAUAACGUGAUCCUGACACAAGAGGUCGUACACACCAUGAACUUAAAGAAAGGUAAGAAGGGCUUUAUGAUAGUCAAGGUUGACCUUCACAAAGCUUAUGAUAGUGUCUCCUGGUCGUUCCUGGAAGACACUUUGGAAAGGUUCGGGUUUCCUAGACCGAUUACGAACCUUUUACUUUUCUCUCUCCGGGAAAGUGAGAUCUCUAUCCUUUGGAAUGGGGGACGCCUCCCUUCUUUUAGGCCGGGUCGUGGGCUUAGACAGGGUGAUCCGCUUGCACCCUAUCUCUUUAAUCUUGUUAUGGAAAGGCUUGCUUACGAUAUUCAAAAUAAGGUGAACACAGGUUUGUGGAAGCCUAUUAAAAUAUCUAGGGGAGGGCUUGGUAUUUCCCAUCUUUUCUUUGCAGAUGACCUCAUGCUUUUUGGAGGCAAGCAAAAACUAUGAUGGACUGUCUCAAUGCGUUCAGUGCAGCCUCGGGCCUCAAUAUUAAUCUAGCUAAGUCAUCUACUUUCUGCUCUCCGAAUGUCAAUACAGGGCUCAAAAGUCGUAUCAAGUUGAUUAUGAGCAUUCCGGUCUCAUCAAGUAUGGGGACCUACCUAGGAAUGCCUAUCCUCCAGAAAAGGGUCUCUCGUCACACCUUCUCUUCGGUGGUGGAAAAAAUGCGCAAAAAACUAUCAACGUGGAAAGCAAAUACUCUAAGCAUGGCAGGCAGACGUAGCUUGGUUCAGUCCUCACUGGCCUCCGUUCCAACGUACACCAUGCAGUCCCUAGCUAUUCCGGUGAGUACUUGUAAUGAUAUUGACAAAGUUUGCAGGAACUUUUUAUGGGGUCACGAUGAUAGCUCGAGAAAGGUUCACACGGUAAACUGGUCAGACAUUUGUAGACCACGGCAGGUUGGUGGCUUGGGUCUUAGGAAGGCUCGUGACUUUAACUUAGCUUUUCUUACCAAGAUGGCAUGGCAGCUUUUCACGAUCAAGAUAGACUCUGGGUCAAAGCCAUGCGGGACAAGUAUGUUAAAAACAACGAUUUCCUCCAUAUUAAUACCUGCUCAAACAGUUCGUGGGGAUGGAGGAGCAUUCUUAAAGGUAGGAAUGUUCUUGUCAAUGGUCUGAAAUGGAGAGUGGGGGAUGGUAAAUCCAUCAACUUCUGGAAAGACUGGUGGACUGGAGACGCCCCCCUUGCUACUACUGUCACGGCCAACGUACCGACAGACAUAAAUCAUGUAAAGGUGGGACGUUCCAGCCUUACACAACGUGCUAUCACCCCAUAACAUCAACGGAAUUAGGGCGGUUCCCCUGCCAGUCUCACCGAACCAGGUAGAUUCGCUGACCUGGCCUUAUUCUAAUUCAGGUCAAGUUUCGGUCUCUUCGGCUUUUGCUGUUAUUGCAGGUAACAGUGGACUGGAGGACUCACAUACAUGGAUUUGGAAGGUCCCAUGUGUGGAAAGGGUGAAACUCUUUUUGUGGAAGAUCGUGAUGAAUGGGUUGCUGACCAACGCUGAACGCCAACGCCGGGGACUUACACAUGACGCGGUGUGGAGUUGAAGACGAGACGGUGGAUCAUCUUCUGCGUCGUUGUGAAUUCGCAACACACUGCUGGGAGGCGACAAACCCCCCUUUGGGUUUUCUGUCUAGUUUCCAUCUCCCUCUCACGACAUGGCUGGAGAAAUUCUGCUCGUGCAGCCCAGAAGGCAGUCAGGAUGGUGCUUGGAAUACAACGUUCCCCUAUGUCCUAUGGAAUUUAUGGACAGCCCGUAACAAUCAAGUUUUCAAUAAUUCCUUCUUUUCGGCGGGUGACACCGUGAAAAAAGCGGAGAAGGAAGCUUUGGAGGCUCGAACUUUCCUGCUGAAACGGACUGGUCCGAUCCAUGCAAGACAACUCUGGGUGACGUGGUCACCUCCGCCAUCUGGUUUCGUCAAAAUGAAUUCAGAUGGUGCGAGGAAAGCUGGCUCGGGUCUCGCAAGUGCUGGCGGCUUAAUCCGUGAUGAUAAAGGAAAUUGGCUAGUAGGCUUCAUGGCUAACAUUGGUCAUACUACUAGCUUUAACGCUGAACUUUGGGGCUUUCGGGAGGGGUUAAUCAUCGCUAAGAACCAUGGAUUCACCCAUAUCAUCGCUGAAUCAGACUCAGAGGCGAUGGUGAAGGUCCUCGACAAGGACUUGGAUUGCGGGUUUUUCGACCAUACCCUUGUCGCAGACUGCAAAUCGCUUCGCCAACAUUUUCAAGGCUUUCAUCUCAGUCACGUACUGCGGGAAGGGAAUCAAUGUGCUGACUUCCUGGCGAAUGCUGGACAACUCGCUUCAUGGGGGACUUCCAUUGUUGACCAUCCCCCUCACGGUUUGCAUGAUCACCUGGUUCGUGAUAUGAGAGGCUUCGCUACUAGCAGAAUACGUUAAGCUCGGGGGGACCUACAGGUCCCCUUCCUCCACCAAAAAAAAAGGACACCGACAUCCUUGGUUGAAUGGAUAUACAUCAAGGAUUCAAGAUUGAUGCUAGCAUUUAUCCACUAAAUGGACUUAGUGGGCCAUCAAUAAAACCCAAUAUCAGAGAAGAAGCCUAAUAAUCUAACAAAUAAUUUUUGCACAUGAUCCAAGCCCAAUCUUCAGACGACAAAGAUUCGGAACCUUUUGGAGUCUCCAGUCUGCAUAGAAAGCAUGAACGCCACUCAACAACAUGACAACAACAUUCAUCAAGUUUUAUUUAUUAUUUUUUUUUUUUUGCUGCAAUUUUUACUCAACCUGAUACCUUAAUAUAUUUUAUCCAAAAUCAAGAAUUUAUUGAAAAAAAAUGGAGUAAAAUCGAUAUAAGUUGAAAUGUAAUUAUGCAUCUCAGUUUUUGGAAUUUUGUUAUGAAAAUUAGAGUGAGCUUGAGCUCAGGAUGAGAUGCUAUUUAUCUCUGCAUCAAACGUCAUGGUCUUGAUCAAGACUGUACUUUUCAGAGCGAAAGGGGCGUUCUUGAUCGAUUUCAGUUGACCUUAUCGACAAAAAACAUCGUUAAAGUUGGAUAACAUGCGAGUUUGUUAACUUUAAUGUUGAUUCUCCCGCUGACUUGUUUCAGGUUGCUGUUUUAUGGGAGAGGGGACAGGCAUUUGCGUAUUGCUAUGACCCUCUGGAUCCAAAUGGGAAUAUUACAGUUAGAUUUGAUGUUCUCCAAUGGACAGCUGAUGGAUAUUUGGCAAGGAUAACGAUUCAAAACUACUACCAGUAUCGGCAAGUUCAGAAACCAGGUUGGAAGCUUGGGUGGACAUGGGCAAACGAUGAGGUUAUUUGGUCAAUGUCGGGUGCUUUUGCCACCCAACAAGGGAACUGCUCCAAGUUCACGAACGAAAUACCACAUUCCUGCAAGAUUGAUCCUGUUAUAGCUGAUCUCAUGCCAGAAGCAUUGCCUGAAAAUAGGUCAGAUGAUUGCUGCCAUGGUGGCUUCCUUUCUGCUUGGGCUGUCAGCCCUCCCAACUCAUUCUCGUCCUUUAUGAUGAAAGUUGGCAACUUGAGGGGAAACUAUACUGCAUUCAAGCCUCUAAAUCUUUCUCUGAUGGCUCCAGGGCCCGGUUAUACUUGUGGCAAAUUUGUGGACACCGAUCCCACUGUUUCUCCAGCCAUUGGAGGAAGAAGGGAAGAACAAGUUUUCAGGACCUGGAGAUCGACUUGCACAUACUCAACAUAUUUGGCUAACAAAACCCCAGCUUGUUGCGUUUCACUGUCAACAUUUUAUAAUCCUAAGAUCACACCAUGCCCUUCAUGUAGCUGUGGUUGUAGACUAGCUGAUCCGAGUACCAAAUCCUGCAUAAGAGAAGGUGCACAACCAUCAAUCGAACCUGAUGUGGUGUGGUGCACUGAUCAUAUGUGUCCAAUUCAAGUUCACUGGCAUAUCAAGAACAAUUACCGGGAUCACUGGAGAGUAAAACUGACAAUAUCGAACUACAACUAUGGAAGAAACUACUCGGACUGGACUCUGGUAGUUCAGCAUCCCGGUUUCAGCCAGACCACAACUACCUACAGCUACAACAGUACUGUCCUUCCAACUGCUGGUGUCCCAGAUGAAAUUGCACUGUUUUGGGGGAUUGAUUUCUAUAACACUAUACUGUUGCAAGCUAGUGAAGAGCAAGUUGGGUCAGUGACAACAGAGAUACUUCUUGAAAAGGAUUUAAGCUCAUUUACCCUUAGUAAUGGCUGGGCAUUUCCCAGAAGAAUAUAUUUCAAUGGUGAAAACUGUGAAAUGCCCCCUCCAGACACUUUCCCAAUGUUGCCAAAUGGCAACUCAAGUCUAAAACCUGCUUACACCCUAGUUUUGAUCUGUCUGAUUUAUAAAAUGUUUUUUGCUAUGUUUUGACAACUUUUGUGCUUGCUUUCUUUCCUUCUUUGCCACUAUUAUCAAAACCAUGACCCCAACAAGAUAAUGUAGAUUGUAAAUAUAAAGUUUAACUUCAAAUGAAAUAUAAGCAUAGCAAUGUUGGUAUGUUAGACA